CGCAGGUCUUACUCACCUCCUACCUGAGAUGCUUUCCUAUGCCUCUCAGGAAUCAGUUGGCAGGUGAGGCCAGCAUCAAUAUGCACAACUUUCCCUUAUUCAAGAAGAAGGCCCUAAACCUUGAGGCGAAGAUAGGGCAUGGACAUAACCCCACGACGGAUGGUAGGAAGGAGACACUGCCUCCCAACUGGAAGGCGAAGGGAUGCAUUAUGUUUGUCGAUAACGAUGGUUCAACCAUCGAGUUAGACGACAACUUCCAAGAGGGAGUAGGUUCAGAGGCUGGCAGCGUAGAAGCUUCAGGGGGUGGAGUAGUCGCUGCCGUAGCACAAAAAGCCGCAUUUUGUACUUACUAUAAGCAAAAUCAGGAGGAGGGUAUGUAUCUAGUUUAUGUCUCUGCUGCAAACGAGCCGGUGAAAAUGCCGCCGGAGAUAGAGGGAGUAGUUGCUAAGUACCCUGCUCUAUUCGAAGAGCCGACAAGGGUUGUUGAGAGGGAGGUUGUCCACGCGAUAGAGAUUAUCCCAAGGUCUAGCAUUCCGAAGGGUAGGAUCUAUUGGAUGUCUCCAGGCGAGCUUGACGAGCUUCGCCGACAACUCAAGGAACUCGUAGAAAAGGGUUGGAUCCGGCCGAGUGUUUCUCCUUAUGGAUCACCAGUCCUAUUCGCACCAAAGAAGAAGGAAGGAACACUUAGGAUGUGCAUUGACUAUAGGGGCCUCAAUGCCAUCACUGUCAAGAACAAAGAGCCCUUACCGCGCAUCGAUGAUUUGCUAGAUAGAGUGCAAGGGUGUCGGUACUUCAGUAAGAUAGAUCUGAAGUUCGGGUACCAUCAAAUUGCAAUCCGACCUGAGGAUCAACACAAAACCGCUUUUCAAACCAAGUACGGUCUGUACGAGUUUGUGGUGAUGCCUUUCGGCCUUUGCAAUGCUCAUGGCACCUUUCAACACGCUAUGAAUCGGAUAUUUCAUAACUACUUGGAUAAGUGUGUCAUCGUGUACCUCAAUGACAUACUUAUUUUUAGUAAGACUGUCGAGGAGCACGUUGCGCACUUGGAUAAAUUCCUGAGUCUUCUGCGACAGCACAAGUUCAAGAUCAAAGGCGAGAAGUGCGAGUUUGGCCGCACCCGUGUCUUGUACUUGGGUCAUGAUAUUUCUGCGGAGGGAUUAAAGCCCGAUGACGCGAAGGUGGCCAGCAUUCGUGAUUGGCCGCGUCCUCAGUCUGUGACUGACAUGAGGUCUUUCUUAGGGAUGACCGGCUACUAUCGCAAUUUCGUGAAGAACUAUAUCAUAGUUGCCGCCCCUUUGACUGACCUGACUCGCCUUGACACCCCUUCGGAAUGGACGACAGAUGCGAGGCUGCUUUCAGACAUCUGAAGCAUGCGUUGAAACAUCAUGAGGUCUUGAAACUUCCUGAUCCUGACAAGCCAUUUGUAUUAACUACGGAUGCUAGCCAAUA